UGUGCUUAAGAGGAAGCGUCCCUACUUUUUCGCGGCGAAUUUUUUCGCUAACCAAUCCCAUCACCAGAUUUCAGUUAUCGCGUCGCGCACUCAGUGGUCGCGCAAAUAAAUUCGCCUAAUUCAUCACAUAGCAACAGUUGUUGUGCUUGGCAACAAGCCUUAGCAACAAGAAGCUUUAAUGGAAACCAAAGGACGUAAAAAGAAAACUGAUAAAUAUUUCAAAAUAGACGUUAGAAUUAAGAGAAAUUAAAAGCAUGAGUGGGCUACCGCGUGACAUUUUAAAAUGGAUUCAAAGUUUAGACCUUAGUCACCCUGUAAGGAAUAGUAAAAGAGAUUUUUCAAAUGGGUACCUUGUAGCUGAAAUUUUUUCUUGGUAUUACCCUCAAGAAGUUACUAUGCAUUCUUAUGCAAAUGGUACAUCUUUGGAAGCCAAAGUUGGCAAUUGGUCACAGCUAACAAGGUUUUUUCAGAAACAGUCAUUUGACAUACCCAAAGAACUUGUUGAUGGCGUUAUUCACUGUAAGCCAGGUGCUGCACAGUUAUUCGUCCAAAUUAUUUAUUCACUUCUUACUAAUAGAAGUUUGAAAACAGUUCAAGCAAAUGACGUUGAUUUUACAGAUUUUAGUUACCAGAAUACACUUCCUUUGCACGCUCGCUCGACAGCGUCUCAGUCAGUGAAGAAUAAUAUUUCCAACUCUGAACUUUGUACAGAACCUGAUAAAAUUACAUGUACCCAAAAGGCUGAACUGAUUAUCAAUAAACACGUUGAACGUCGGAAGCAAGAGCGAAUGGGUGAUCCUGGAAGAUACGGCAUAAAACCAUCACUAGGAGAACGAAGCAUAAGAAAACCACCAACCUUCGAUACUGCUCAAAGUUACCAGACUAAUGCUACUGAUGAAACUUCCCAGAAUUUCGAGAGAUUACAACUAACAACAGCAGAAACUGAAGGCGUAUCAACACUUCAACCCGACCAGUUACAAGAACUAAAUGUUGAACAACAUGAAAAACAUUUUCCACAAUUCUCUGGAAUGAACAGCUCUACAGCAACCAACGCAGGAAUCUAUUCAUAUUAAUUAGAAAUUAUGCCCGCAUGCAUUACCGGCUG